CAGAGAGCUGUUCAAAACACAGUCUUGACAAUUUAAAAAGAACAUCUCAACAUUUUACACUCCUGACGACUUUAGACCCGUUCUGUCUUUCUGAUCAGCGGCCUUGCAGAAGACCCUCUUCCCUGACUCAGGAGGUGUAAACCCACGCUGAAGUGUUGAUUGACAAAGAAGCCCCACAGAGGCUCUAACUGCCAUGUAAAGUGGUCCCCGACCUGUUUUCCUUGCAACUCCUUUUAUUAUAAAUUACUUUUAAAAAACAAAUCUCGGCAUAGGUUUCAUGUCUUUAUGCUGUAAGCCGUUUUAAAUAUGUGUGUCACAAGCAAACAUUGUGGCUGUACAGGUCACCGAAAUAGCUCUAAAGGUCAUAUAAUGUUCAAAGUGAUAAAGAUCAGUUUACCCAUCAGUGUUUUUAUGCACCCGGUUUAUUUUUUACUGGAGCAACGCCUGUCUGGUGAGUGAACUUAACUUGUUAAUCAAUGUAAACUUAUUGAUGAUUGACAUGAAAACAGUAUUUAAUGUUACUAACAGAUCAUUCACCAUGGUAGAUGUGAUGAUGGCAAUGCUGCCAUAGGUGUCAAACUUGUGUAUUUGGUUUAAUUGUUUUGAGAUAAAAUGAACAAAAAAUUGUAUGGUUGGGAAGUUUAAAAGGAGGAAUAAAAUAAAUAUGUUAAGUAGAAUAACAUAAUUUAAUAUGUAAUAUUGAAAAAGUGUCCGUUAUAUUUUUACAGGCUGAAUUAAUAACAACAGAGCAAAUCUCUAACAGAAAGGGAUGGAUCAUCCAAAACAAAAGAUUUAACUUUAAGUACAAAUUUGAGGCACUGCUUUACAUGUCACUUCCUGCUUCUACAUUUUAUCUGAUUGGGCUUGUUAUUUUAAAUUAAGUACAACUAACUAUGACUCAUUGACAUAAAAUGAAUUAUCACCUAUUCUGUUUGUUUAAGAUUAUACAUACUGAUUUCACUUACGGGGCAUUUUAAAUGGAGGACUUGUGCUAGUUACAUAUUAGUGCUAAAGUGUGGCAUCAGUAUUAUUACGUAACUAAUCUGUAAAAUUGGUUCCUAAAUUACGCCGUUCAUAUUUCCACCAAUCGGCGCCCAGAGGACGCGUGACGUCAAUGCGGAAGUACUUUCGCUACACCUGCUGGAGAAGAGACGGUCCGACAGCAGGGAGGUCCCAGCAGCAGGGGGAAGGUGUUCGGUUUGGUGAUGCUGUAGUGUUUGAGCUGAAGGAUGGAGAUCCUGGUGGCCAAGCUGCUUGGCCUGCUGGGAUUGUUUGGCCUCAUGCUGGCGGGUGUCCUGGUCCCGGUGCGCCUGUUGCUGUCCGACUACGACAAAGCACACAGACACAGAAGAUCUCUGUCUCUGUGUAACUCCUUCGCAGGAGGCGUGUUCUUGGCAACAUGCUUCAACACUUUGCUGCCAGCCGUCAGAGACAAGGUGGCUGACGUGUUCCAGCAGCUGAAGAUCAGCAGCGACUAUCCUCUGGCAGAGACGAUGAUGAUGCUUGGCUUCUUCCUCACCGUGUUCGUGGAGCAGACCAUUCUCACUUUCAGGAAGGAGAAACCGUCUUUCAUCGACCUGGAGACGUUUAAUGCCGGCUGCUCUGAGGCUGGAAGUGACUCAGAGUACGACACACCCUUCAUUUCCUCUGCGCGGGAAUCAUCGAGAGAUGUCGGCGGUCAUCGCUCUCACGGACACUUCAGCCCCGCCGACCUGGCGGGAGCAGGCCCUCUGCGGCUGGCCAGCCUGGUCCUGGCUCUGUCGGCUCACUCCGUGUUCGAGGGCCUGGCGCUCGGCCUGCAGGAGGACGGAGGCAAGUUGGGCAGCCUCUUUCUGGGCGUGGCCGUGCACGAGACGUUGGCCGGCGUGGCACUCGGUGUGAGCGUGGCCAAGGCGUCGCUCGGCAUGAAGGACGCCGCCAAACUGGGCGUCACGGUCAGCCUAAUGAUCCCGGUGGGGAUCGUGGUGGGGAUGGGCAUCGAGUCGACGCAGACGCUGGCCGGCAGCGUGGUGUCCGUUGUGCUGCAGGGACUCGCGGCCGGCACCUUCCUGUUCGUCACCUUCUUUGAGAUUCUGUCCCAAGAGCUGGACGACAAACGGGACCGCCUGUUAAAAGUGCUCUUCCUCAUCCUUGGCUACACAGUGCUCGCCGCUCUCGUCUUCAUCAAGUGGUGACACGCGGGAAGUUCUUUGACACAAUACGGCAAUACCAAAGGAAGACUCAUAAACCCAUAGAGGCAGCUGUGUCCAGCUGUGAGAAACAGCUGGAUGAACACAAACCAUUUCCCUCCUCAGUGAUGUCUGUGAUGAAAACAGAUUAUACAAAAAUUAAACUGAAAGAGUAAUGUUACCCUUCCAGAAAAUUCCUCUAGCUGACUCACAACGGUCCUCCAGGACACUGUGAUGUCACUGUUGGGUGUGGUUACAUUUCAACUUUACUCCAGAGAGGGCGGCAACACUUCUUGCCACAUCUCACUGUGUGCUCUGACUAAUUCAGAAUUCUAAAAUCAUUUCAAGUUUUUUAAUUCAGUCUGAAUCUGCUAAAUUUAGCUAAAUAUACUGCAAUAUUCCAUUAAGAAUGUGAGAUUUUGCUGGAAAAGGAAUCUGACCAGUGAAGAAACAAGAGAAAACACGUUCUGACUUAAACACUGUAAAGACAAGUGAACUAUUGUCGCUAACAAAUAAACAUGAAAUAAUAUAUUUUAUUUAGAAGAAAUCUUCAGCUUUUCUUUGCACUUUUUCAUUUCCUGAAUACCUUUUUUUUUUUUACCAGUUUCUCUUCAUAUCGAUGAAUUAUUUUAAACUAAGAGUUGUGCAGUGUACUAAUACAUCUAAUAUUACAAGCAAAAAUAUGAUCCGUUAAGGAUUUAGAUUGAACUUUAAAGUGUAUUUAAUAUAAUACCGGAUUCUAAUUAUCGAUGUAUUAAUAUAUUCAUCACUUUAAUUUUGCAGCUGGUAAAGUUGGACCUGAUUUUAAUAACUUAAUAUACUACUUGCUAGUUUAAUCUAUCAUAAUACAACAUUUAUUAGUUGAUCAUGUUUUGUAUUAUUAAUCUGAAUUUGCAAAGUAACUACAGCUGUUAUUUAAAUGUAGUGGAUUAAAAAGUACAAUUUUACCCUCUAAGAUGUAGUAGAGUAUAAAGUGGCAGAAAAUAUAAAUACUCAAGUAAAGUAGACUGUAUGGAACCUUGGUACAGUACUUGUAAAUUUACUUUGUUACGUCUCCCCAAAGCGAAGCUCAGAUUUAGUAUGAAACCUCCUCUGUCUAUAUGACGUUAAACUAAUCACACCGCAGCCUUUCAAAGACAAUCAACAUGUAUAUCCAUGUUCAUGUACUCUUUAUAUUUAUGACUUGAACGUGUUCCUAUGGUGACCCUGAACCGUUUUGGAUUUCUGAUGGUUUGUGACAAGUUAUCGUUGUCUCAGGUUUCAUGUGUUAGUUGAAAUUAAACGCAUUCUGAUCAUA